AUGGUACUGUGGUGGGGCAGCCGCGACAAUUCAGCGAACAGGAGGCGGGUCGCCCAGGAGGCCCUAGAGUCCUCCCUCGACCCGCAGCAGCUCUCAGAGCUACGUGCCGUACAGCAGGCGGAGCAGCAGCAGCGGAAGGCGGCGGCGGCGGCCCAAGCUGAGCGGGUGGCGGCGGCGUUGGCAAGCGACGGCCCGGGCGAAUGCCGGCGCCCUGGGGACGGCGCCCCCACGUUGCGGUUGAUCAUUGACUGCUCCUUCUCGCCGGAUGCGCCGCCUAAGGAGCUAAUCAGUGAUCGGUCUCGCAACCACAGCUAUGGCCACAUCGCCGCCAAGAUUACGCAGAUGACAUCAGUGCUCCGCAGUCUGUGCAAGCAGAUCGAGAACGCCUCCUCCCUCAACAAGCGGCACCCCCGCCCCGCCUGCCUCACCCUCACCAGCUGGGGUGAGCCCCUGGCGGCUGUGGCGGCGCCUAGCGGGGCGGCGGGGUGGAGGGUGGUCAAGAGGGCGGAGGGGCCCGUGGAGGCGUUUGGGGCGGAGGCGGUAGUGGUUUUAAGUCCUGACGCCUCCGAGCCCCUGUUGGAUCUGGAUCCGGAACACCGAGUGUACGUCAUCGGGGGGAUUGUGGAUCGAACACAUCGCAAAGGGCUCACGCUUAAAUACGCGGAGGCCCAGCGGGUGACGGCUGUACGACUGCCCAUAUCAGAGCAUGCCGUACAGCUGGGGCUGGGCAAGGGAACCCGGAAGUGUCCAGUCUUAAAUAUCGAUGAUGUGGUUCGGGCGCUGCUCAUUUACCAAGACACACGAGGCACCCGAAUCACUGGCGGCCAGGGGGGACCACUAAGGAGUACACGCCGCCAUGUUCCGGCGCCAGUUCCGCAGCAGGCCGACGGUGUUGGGCCUGGCCGCGUCCGCCUCACAAGUGCGGCCAUCAGCACCUAUUUCCGCAUGGCGGGAAAAGCGACCCCCACAGGCCACUCAGCAACCCCCAUACAUUUGCGAAUCCUGGCGGAGCCGCCACCACCGCCACCAGCACUAGCCGCACCACCACCGCCACCACCGCCACCACCGCCACUAACGCCAGCCAUCACUGCCACCACAACUACCGCUUCCAAUAUCAGCCGUCUUGCGAAAACUUCUGUUUCCCGCAGGCUGGUGCCGGUGCCGACUUCUUCGAACUCGUCUACACCAGUGCCCUCGGAGUGCAUCAGCACGGGUCUUGCGCUGCAGUCCGCGUGUGACGAUGAGCUGGAGCUGGCGUCCAAGGCCUUCGCUGGUGAAGGCCUUCGCCAACAACGACAUCAACCAAUACACAGAAGUCGCGUUUCCCGACCGGCGGCGAAACCUCCCGGCUUCCGUCCGUACUCGCUUCUAGACGCGAUCGUUGCUUUGUCAUCACCUUGCAGCAGCAACCCGCCAGAUUACGCAAGUACUUUCAAGUAA